AUGAGUUUGGUUCGGCUGGGCGAGUUAGAUUGCGUUGUCGGCGGAGCCACCGUUCCGACUGCCGAACUGCUCAGACCCGCGCUUCAAAUUGUUGGCACGCGGCGCGACGCUGCGAUCGUGCCCGAACCUAACCAAGCCGAGUUAGUUGAAAUUGGUCAGUCGGUCGCGGCCGGGGUGAAAAGUCUUUUUGGCAUCGAUCCUUACUUGGCGCUGCUUUCUUUCUCCACUAACGGCAGCGGCGGUCAGAAACUGCCGAGCGUUUUAAAAGUCCGUCAGGCGGCUGAGGAGUUGACCGGGCAAGGCUACCGGGUACUUGGGGAAACUCAGUUCGAUGCGGCUUACGACGCCCAAACCAGACUUUACAAGUGGAACCGCUCGCUCAUUCACGCGCCGAACGUCUACAUUUUCCCUAACCUGGACGCAGCUAACAUCGGCUACAAAAUUAUGAAGUUGACUGGUAAUUACCAAGCGAUCGGACCGAUUAUCGUCGGUCUCAACCGGCCGGUCAACGAUUUGAGUCGCGGUUGUGACUGGCGGGAAGUUUACCACCUGUCGCUGAUCAGUCUAGCGAUGAGCAUCAGUCCCAAAACCCAACUAACCGAGGAGUUAGCAGUCGGUCACCUAGAUCCGGCGGAAAAGAGCGAGCGUGGCUAA